UCAAAAGAUACUUUCACGUCAACAGGCGUGAAUAAAAAUGACAAGCGCAACUUCUUGCCAGUACGUUAUCUUUGUGUACAAAUUGUAGGUCUAUGUAUACAAGUUGCACUUUUAAAUAGAAAAUUCUGCUCCUUGUAGCGCUGAUAAUGUUUUAUCAGGCAUUUAAAUGGCAUUUAGCAGUGUUUGAGAAUAGCGCCGAGCGCAGAGAGAUAAUGAGUCUCUUCUGCAGGUUGAGUUAGGUCGAUCGAAAGGAAAAUUUAACACGUCACAGCAGUUACGAGCUAUACAGCACGUCGUACUAAUAUAGUGAGCAGACUUGCCUACAUUUCUGUGUUACUUGCGAAGUACUUCUAAGCUUGUGAAAUUUUAAACGGCGUGUUUAAUUGCGCUUUUUUUUCCAAUUGUGUCGUGAGUUAUUGAAUUGUUUAAUUCGUAACAAUAAAGAGUAAUAAUGACCGAUAACUUGCCAGAUAACGUAAACACUGUACUAGGAAGCAAGCGGUUGUCCGAACUCGGUAAAACGCUGACGCAUGAGCAUCUGGCUCUCGAUUUUCGCAAAUUUUAUGUAUCACCACCGGAGCAUCUUAAACGGUUCCCUGAAGGUUGUCCGUCUCUUCAAAAUAUCGGAUACAUUCGACAGUAUCCAUAUAGCAGCUUAUAUAAUUUGGAGUUUUAUGAUAUCGACGCGGCGGAAGCUGUUCAUAAAGACGUAGAAUUAUUUAGAGAAGACGGCGGUGGAACUAUCGUGGAGAACAGUAGCCACGGUUUGAAACGUGAUAUUCCUUUAAUGAAGAAAGUUAGCCGGAACGCGAAAGUUAAUGUGAUUGCGGGAACCGGAUAUUAUGUUGCCAGCGUGCAAAACGCAUCGACUCUCAAUACAUCUAAAGAAGAAAUGUACAAUCUGAUGUAUAAAGAAUUGGAAGAGGGUUGUGUGGAGUGUCUCGAUGUAAAAGCAGGAUUUAUCGGGGAAGUCGGCAGUACUUGGCCGAUCGAAGACUUUGAAAAACGUGCCAUUUCUGCGACUGGCGAACUCCAAGCUCAGUUACGUUGUUCCGUGAGUUUUCAUCCCGGAAGGGAUGCAGCUGCACCCAUGGAAAUAAUGAGGAUCUACCAAGAGGCCGGUGGAGAUGCGAGCAGGGCCAUCAUGUCUCACGUCGAUCGUACGUUGAUAAAAAAAGAGCAGCUCAUGGAAUUCGCCGACGCUACCAAAUGUUACAUUCAGUUUGACCUGUUCGGUACCGAGUGCUCCUUCUAUCAGCUGAAUCCAUUGGUUGAUAUGCUAUCAGAUGCACAACGGGUCAAACGUAUUGCAUUGCUGAAGAAAGAGAACAAGCUGAAUCGAGUUCUCAUGAGUCACGAUAUACACACCAAGCAUCGACUGGUACAUUUUGGGGGACACGGAUACUCUCAUAUCAAUAACAAUGUCGUGCCAAUCAUGAAAAACAAGGGCUUUACGAUGGAAGACAUCGAUUUGGUAACAAUUGAGAAUCCCAAGAGAUGGCUUACCCAAUAGUAAUCUGUUUGACAGACUGUACUAUGCUUUACAAACUAAUAUUGUCAUAUUCACGAAUUUUCUGAUGAAUAAAGAUCCCAUACAGCACACUACA